AUGUCUCGAGCGACGGCAGAUGAUCAGCUGAGAUUCCUGUUGAGCUGCGUCAAGCACUCUAACAACGGACGGGUCGAUUUCGUGGAAGUAGCCAAAGACUGUGGCGUUGUCAGCAAAGGUGCAGCGGCCAAACGGUAUGAGAGACUUCUGAAAGGAAACGGGGUCAGUCCGAGCGCUCCCAAUGCAGCCGCUGCUGCCGCUACCAGCGUUGCUGCCCCAAAGCCAGUCAAGAGGAGAGCGAGUGAGAAGUCGUCAAGCAAGAAGAGAAAGCUGGACCGAAACGACAGCCCUGCAACAGAGGGCGACAACAAGAGGCUCAGACCGACCCCCAAUGCCAACCAGGAGACCGUCGGAACUGUUUCAUUGAAGCAAGAAGCUGUCAAUGACGUCCCUCAAUCGGGCAGCCCCGGUGGCAUGCAAUAUGGACCAGGUGGUUCUUCCAUGUUCAUCGGUCGGCCUCCUCAUAUGGCUCAUGGUCCGCUUCCACCAUAUCUAAUGCAGCAACGGCCAGGUUUCCCAGGGUUUCCCUGUUAUAGCCAUCAAAUGGUACAAGAUACGCCGAUGUAUCCUUCUUUUGCGCCGACUAACUUCAGAGAGCCGUGGUCGAUGCCAAUGGUAGCUCCAGACGUAGGCUUCGAAGAGUACAUCAACCAGGAUGCCUUCCAGCAGCAGUACCAGAUCGGACAGCCACCACACUUAAUGGAGCCGUUGCCGAUAAGAAUACCGCCACGCCCGCAGAGCGUUGUGCCAAUGGAGAAGCCGGCAGAACUUCGAGGAGAAGACGAGGAGGCAACAAAGCCGGAUGAUCGUGUUGUUGUCGUGGACUGA